AUGCUGAAGACGGCGUCCUCACUCCCCCCCACCCCACCCCCCGCAUUUGUCUCGCAUUAUUUCCAAAGACUGGGUAUGACCCCAAUUCCACAAGCCGUCCCAGUCCAAAGGAAGCAUGCGCGCACGGAUUUCCAAGACUUGCAAAUCCCUCAUUCGCCCCAUCCUCCCCUCGCCUGGUGGAAACAAAGUUCCGCGGCAUCAAGGCAGUCAUUCAAAGGCACGAAGUUUGCCCGGGUCCUGCCCACUGGGGCUCGGGAGACGCGCCCGGCCGGGACCGCGGCUCGCUCCGGGAGGCCGGCACCGGGUUCCACCUACGGCCCUCCCCGCACCCCGCGCGGCGCCCCCCGCCCGCCCAGCGCCCCGCGCCCCCCAGGCUCCGGGCUCAGGGACAGAGGGGCGGGCCCCGCACGGCGCUCGAGCCGCCCCCCAGGGCCGAGCCGCGAGCCGCAGCCGCGUCCCCUCCUCCCGGGGCCGGGAAUGGCGGCGUCCGGCUCCCCAGGGCCAACUCCUAGUCCCAGCCCGGGGAGGACGCCCGGGGAGCCCGCCGCCACCGGCCCCUCGCGGCGGGAGCUGAGAAAUGGAAGUUACCUCAGGACGGUCCCGUCUGCGAAGCUGGGGGCGGCGCGCAGAGCGGGCGGUCCCGGGCGGCCGAGCAGGUCCGGCGCGGCGGCGGCGGCGGCGGCUACCGCAGUGCCCUCCGCCCCAUUGUUUCCCUUCCAAGAGGAUCCCGGCGAAGCCGAGCCCGGGAACCAGGAAGUUCCCCGGCGCGACACCUCCUGCCGCCGCUAUGGAAACGGCCCCCGCCUCCCAGGGCGGCUCGCCCGGGACCCCGCCUCCGCGCCGCCGGCCCCGCCCGCCUCACCGGCCGCCGCCAAACGACGCCGCAGCGGCCGCAGCCGCCGCCAUCUUGGCGCGGCCCCGGGCGGCCCCUUCCCGGCGGCACGUGCGCGCCGCUCCCGCGCUCCCGCCGUGCGCGCUCCCGCCCGCCUCGGAAACGCGCGUCCAGGACUGCAGGUGCUUAGAGCCCCUCGGCCGGAAGCAGGCGCGGGAGGCCCAGGACCCAGAGCAGGGCUUCGAGGCACGCAAACGAGCGGCACUGGCGUCUCCAGCAGGCAGAUCAGAGGAUGGCAGAGACGUGGGGAGGUCAGCAGAGUACGGGGCGAGAGCAUGGUCUCUGGAGCCAGGCUGGCUUUUUUCUUCCUUUCUGACUCACCUGCUUACCAGGUGUCAGACCUUGGACGCUUUUCUCUGUACCUCAGUUUACUUCAUCUGUAAACUGGGAUGACAAUAGGAUCUGCCUCAUGGGGCUGUCCUGGAACAAACGGGUGCUUGGUAGUAAGUGCAAAGCAAGCAUCUGCUCAAUAAAAUGCCAUUGG